GUCCUCUGGCAUGGCCAUUUAGAUGCCUGUUUCAAAGGGAGGUCUCUGUGAUCCUGUAGAAUGUGAGAGAACAGAGUAGAAAGUGGUUAUGAGGAAUAUGUGACUAUCACUCCAUCUCCAAGGAGCAAAAUUGUACUUCACCCGAUAUGGAAAAUAAGGACGACACCUUUCAAACUGAAACAGGUCCUGUGUGAUGAUGCAGUAGAUUGGAACGCACACAAACGUCUAUUUGCCCAUGCUAUCCUGCCACCUACUGCCACUGUUGCAAACCAGCACAGAAUCACAGGAGAGAUAUCCAUGAGAACAGAGUGAGAGAGAUAGAGGGAGGGAAGGACAGAUAGAUAGUGUGGGGUAAAUAGGGGGAGAGACUGUAUGUUGACUUCGUCGACUUCUGCUGAACACUGAUAACUCCAAACCCUCCUGGUUGUCAGUCUAUGAGUCCUACCUGUUGACAAACCUCUAUAUUUAUUACUGGGAGACUUCCUACAUAGCGUCUCCACUAGGUGGGAUAGGAGACUGCUGUCAUAGAACAGGGUGGUGGACCAAGUCCAACCAAUUGAGGACACUAAUGAUCCUGCUGAAUAUCAGCUACAACAUCAAUUGUGAGACAUUUUAGGACCUGAGUGACCCGAGAGAAUAUUUAGCGUUUUAAAUCUAUUUAGCCUGGGCAUAUUUAUCUAUGUCUGUAAUCUUUCAAAGUGACUCUCCUCCAUACUAGAAUUAAUAACAGGUAUACACAAUCAAAACAAAGACAGUUAAAAGCAUGUAUCCCAGGGUGGUUCGUUCAUCCACCUUAGAGCCCACAGUGUUGCUGGGGCUGCUGCUCCUAUGGGGGCCUCUAGGGGCCCAGGCCCAGAAUGACACUGAGCCUAUAGUCCUGGAAGGAAAGUGUUUGGUGAUCUGUGACUCCACUCCCAACUCUGAGCCAGCGGGAAAUGCCCUGGGCAUGUCAGUGCGCUCAGGCACCGGCCGGGUGGCCUUCUCUGCCACCCGCCAGACAAACCACGAGCCCACAGACAUGAGCAACCGCACCAUGAUCAUCUAUUUCGACCAGAUCCUGGUGAAUGUGGGCAAUCACUUUGACCAGGAGAGCAGUGUCUUCCUAGCCCCCAGGAGGGGAGUCUACAGCUUUAACUUCCAUGUGGUGAAGGCCUACAACAGACAAACUAUCCAGGUUAGUCUGAUGCUGAAUGGGUGGCCAAUGAUCUCAGCCUUCGCUGGGGACAUGGAUGUGACGCGGGAGGCAGCCACCAACGCAGGCCUAGUGAUCAUGGAGAGGGGAGACAAGGCCUACCUCAAACUAGAGAGGGGAAACCUGAUGGGUGGCUGGAAGUAUUCCACCUUCUCCGGGUUCUUGGUUUUCCCCCUAUAGGGAGACAGCCUGCAUGAUGGAGAGAGGAGGACAGGGGGAAAAGAUGGAGAGAAAGAGGAAUGGGGAGGGAAAAGGGUGAGACUGAAAAAUGUAUGUAAUUUAAUGUCUGAGAGAAACAAUACAAGAUGAGGGGUGGAGGGAAACACAAAGACAGAAUUUGCAUGGUUGAUAUGUGAAUUGUCUCAUGUGUUCAGCUUGUGUGUAACUUGUCCUUUAGGGUAGAGGAGAGACUAUUUUUGUUCAGACACCAGAGUUGAUGCGCACUAUGGCACAAAAAUGGCAAUGUGCAAUCAAUUUGUAGUAUCUUUUUCAUUUACACUUUUAAACAUAACAAGAAAAGUAAAUCCUGUAGCCCCUUAAAAUAUGGCAAGACCUGAUUACAACAUUUCAUUGACUUUUGAAUCUCUGGCAUUUUUGCCUACCAUUCUGGCUAGCCACCCUGGCUUACUGCAUUGUUCAACCUGCUUGUCCCAUAACUAAUUAUAUUCCCUAUUUGCCAGUAUGUGUUUUGCAGUGUGCACACCUCUUAGGAAGAUUUCAUAUAAACAGGUCAUAUUAAAAUGAAUAUAUACAUUAA